AUUUUGGAAAGUCCGAACAGUAUAAGUACAAAGACGUAAUACUAGUCUAUCAAUAUUUUGGAGAGUCCGAACAGUAUAAGUACAAAGACGUAAUACUAAUCUAUCAACAUAGGUACUAAUGACAUAACUAGUCUAUCAACAUUUUGGAGAGUCCGAACAGUGUAAGUACAAAGAUGUAAUACUAAUCUAUCAACAUAGGCACUAAUGAUGUAACACUACUCUAUCAACAUUUUGGAGAGUCCGAACAACACAGUAACACACACAAACAUCCUUGGAACAACUAUCAAACAAUGUUGUUCCAAAGGAGAAUGAUUUUGAAGUGCUUCUGCAAACAAAGAUUCAAGAUUUUGUCUUGUUCAAUUUCCACCAAGUCAUCAACCAGGCUUCAAAAAUCCAAGAAAACUGAAAACCCAAAUUUGAAAAACAAGAACAACCAACAACCCCAGAUUUUUACUUCACUUUUCAAUGAGAUCAGAGAGAUUUUAGGAACAGAAAAUGUCCAUUUUGUUGAUUCAUCAUCUUGCACGGAAACUGUUUGUGAAAAUGUCAAGCAGAGUACAAAGUUGGAGUAUUCAUCAUCUUGCAUCGAACUUGUUUGUGAAAAUGCCAACAAGAGUACAGAGAUGGAGGGUUCAUCAUCUUGCAUCGAACCUGUUUGUGAAAAUGCCAAAAAGAGUGCAGUGAUGGGGGGUUCAUUGUCUUGCAUUGAACCUGUUUGUGAAAAUGCCAACAAGAAUGCAGAGAUGGAGGGUUCAUCGUCUUGCAUUGAACCUGUGCGUGAAAAUGCCAACAAGAGUACAGAGAUGGAGGGUUCAUUGUCUUGCAUCGAACCUGUUUGUGAAAAUGCCAACGAGAAUGCAGAGAUGGAGGGUUCAUUGUCUUGCAUUGAAAAUGUUCGUGAAAAUGCCAAGCUGAGUGCUUUACGCGAAGAUACAAGGGAUGUUAGUCCCAUUGUUCACAAGAUCACAAGGAUUUUGAAGAGUGAAUGCGACGCAAUCGCCAUGGAGGAACGGUUGGAAAGUGGAGGUUUUGAGUAUAACGAGGAGGUCGUCGACAAGGUUUUGAAGAGGUGUUUCAAGGUUCCUCAUUUAGCUUUGAGGUUUUUCGAUUGGGUGAAAUCAAGAGAAGGGUUUAGUCAUACUACGGCGACUUAUAACACAAUGAUUUACAUGGCCGCGGACGCUAAGGAGUCUCGAUUGGUUGAGGAAUUGGUGGAAGAAAUGGAGAAGAGUUCUUGUCGGAAGAUUCUUAAGACGUGGAGCAUUUUGCUAUCGCAUUAUGGGAAUGGAAAAAAGAUUGGCAAAGUGUUGUCUAUGUUUGAACAGUUGAAGAAAUUAGGUUAUGAGCCCGAUACAAGGGCUUAUACGAUCGUGUUGAGUUCACUUUGUAGUGCCGGAAAAGCGGACAUAGCUUUGGAGUAUUUCAACGAGAUGAUCCACAAAGGCUUGGUGCUGGAUGCAGCCACGACUGGACAGUUGCUCAAAUGCUUGGCUAACUCCGGAAAUGUUGCUGCAGUUCACAAAGUUGGCGAUGACGUGAUAAGGGUUAGUAGUAUUCCGGAAAAGCACGUGUAUGGCCUUAUGCUGAAGAGUUUCUGCAUCGCGGGGAGAAUUACAGAAGCGUUGGAAUUGAUUCGUGAUCUAAAAAGUAAAAAUGUGAGCCUCGACUCUGAAAUUUUUACGACAUUGGUGAAAGGACUGUGCAAGGCUGAGAGGAUCAACGAUGCGUUGGAGAUUGUUGAAAUUCUGAAGAAAAGAAACGGUGCUGACGAGAAUGUUUAUGCAGUUCUUAUAAGUGCAUACUUGAGGAGAAAUGAAAUUUCAAAGGCACUUAAUCUUUUUCGCAGCAUGAAAGAUUCGGGAAGUUUGCCCAACGUUUCGACUUAUACUAAUCUGAUGCAGCAGCUUUUCAGGGUUAAAGAGUUUCAGGAAGCGAUGAACAUCUAUAAUGAGAUGACGGAGAUGGGAGUUAAAUUGGAUACUGUUGCAGCAACUGCUGUAGUUGCAGGUUAUAUCAGCCAAAACCGCAUUUCCGAAAUGUGGGAAGUGUUCGAGAAUAUGAAGGAUAAAGGAAUUGUCUUUAGACGAAAAUCAUACACCAUAUUUGUCAACGAACUUUCCAAAGUGUCAAGAACGAAUGAUAUUUUCAGGUUUCUGAGUGAAAUGAAGGCCUCUAAGAUGGUUAUUGGAAAUGAUAUUUUCCAGUAUGUUAUUUCGUACCUGGAGAGAAAAGGAGAUACGAAGAACAUCGACAGGAUCAAGCUACUACAGGGUGGUCGUGAAGUUCACAAUCAAGAAAACGAAACACCUGAUGUGAGCUGUCAACAAGAACGAAUGUUGGAGUUAAAAUCAGAAAACGUAGAACGAGUGUCCUCAGCUCAUGACAUGCCCGAGGCAGGUUCAAAAGCCUCUGUUGAAUGUGAUGUACAUGAGGUUUGCCAAAUUUUGUCAUCAUCGACGGAUUGGUGCUUAAUACAACAACAAUUGGAAAACUGCAACAUACAGUUCACCCCAGAAAUCGUUGUGGAAGUUUUGCGUAACUUCAGGCUGCAAGGUCGUGUAGCGUUGCAAUUUUUCUCUUGGGUUGAGAAGCGAAGUACUUACAUACAUACAGCGGAAUCCUACAACACGGCUAUUAAAAUAGCAGGACAGGGCAAGGACUUCACUCAGAUGAGAAAUCUAUUCUCCGAUAUGAGGAGAAACGGUUGCUUAGUAGAUGCUCAUACCUGGACAAUCAUGAUAAUGCAGUAUGGCAAAACAGGACUGACAGAUAUCGCUAUGCGUACUUUCAAAGAAAUGAAAGCUAGUGGCUGUAAACCCACGGAAAGUACGUAUAAAGCUUUGAUCGUAUCUCUUUGUCAGAAAAAAGGUAGGAGAAUCGAUGAAGCAAUAAAAAUAUUCCAGGAGAUGAUUCAAGUUGGACACAGUCCUGAUAAAGAACUAAUCGAAGAUUAUCUUGGUGGUUUGUGUGAACUUGGUAAAUUCAACGAUGCCAGAAGCUGUACCGAGUCUUUACAAAAGCUCGGUUUCAGUACCCCUUUAACGUACUCAUUGUAUGCUAGAUCACUCUGUCGAGCAGGGAGGCUAGAAGAGGCCUUAGCAUUGAUGAACGAAGUUGAUGAUGAUGAGCAGCAUCUCUUGAAACAGUACGUCUAUGGAAGUUUAGUUCACGGUCUACUACGACAAGGACAGUUAGAAGAGGCAUUGUCUAGAAUCGAAUCCAUGAAGCAGGUCGACAUCCAUCCAACAGUCCAUGUAUAUACCUCCUUAAUCGGCUACUACUUCAAGGUCAAACAAGUCGAAAAGGCUCUUGAAGUUUUCGACCAAAUGCAACAUUCAGGCUGCCAACCAACAAUCGUUACCUACUCAGCGCUACUACGAGGAUACAUGAACAUGGAAAAAGUCUCCGAGGCACGGGAUGUGUUUCACCAGAUGAGAAUGAAUGGACCAUAUCCUGAUUUCAAGGCAUACUCCAUAUUCAUUUCUUGUCUAUGUAAAAUUGGUAAUUCUGAAGAAGCACUUCAACUUAUAUCUGAAAUGCUGGAUGUUGGGAUUGUUCCAAGUACAGUUAAUUAUAGAACUGUCUUCUAUGGGCUCAAUAGAGAAGGAAAACAAGAUUUAGCAAAGACUGUAUUACAUAUGAAGUUAGAAGUGAAGAGGAGAAGAAAGUUUCUAACUUAGGUGUUUUUUGUUCAUAAUUGUAUCAUGAUCCACCUUUGAUUCGGGACCGCUAUUCGAAAUCUUAGUGACACACUGAAUUUCUUA